AUGAGGGAUAAGUCUUUGGAGUUGCGUUUCCGUCAGGUAGAGGAUGGUGUUACAACCGAUUUUGAGAUUAACAGUAAAGGGGUAUUGUAUUUUCCCGGUUGGAUUUGUGUACCGAAUGAUGAAGGUUUGAGACUGUUGAUUUUGAGAGAGGCGCAUAGUAGCCCUUAUGUUAUGCAUCUCGGUGGGAACAAGAUGUACCGAGAUCUCCGAGAGUUGUCCUGGUGGCCAGGAUUAAAACGUGAGUCGGUUAAGAUACCAAUGUGGACAUGGGAGCGAGUAACGAUAGACUUCGUUAGUGGGUUGCCCCUAACACCUACUAAGAAGGAUCCUGUUUGGGUCGUCGUGGACCGAUUGACCAAGGCUGCAUAUUUUAUUCUUGUAAGGACAUGCUUUUCCCUACAGAAGUUGGCCAAACUUUACAUUUCUGAGAUAGUGAGGCUACAUGGGACAGAUGGUCAGUUAGAAAGGGUGAUCCAAAUACUGGAGGACAUGUUAAGAGGUUGUAUUAUCGACUUCCAAGAUCGUCUGAAAGCGGCUUCUGACAGACAGAAGUUCUAUGCUGAUUUGAAGAGGAAGGACAUCGAGUAUUCUAUAGGGGAUGUGGUUUUCCUUAAGGUCGCGCUAUGGAAGAAAGUUUUGAGGUUCAGUCGCAAGGGCAAGCUAAGCCCUCGAUGCUACCGCUCUGAUCCCACACACAUUAUGCCUGUGGAGGAGAUUGAGGUUAGACCAGAUCUAAUGUUCGAGAAGGAGCCGGUUCAGAUCUUAGAUCGCAACGUUAAGGUUCUGCGUAGGAAAUCUAUCCCUUAA